GCCCCCUGAGUACCUUUGGUGAGCCACCCUGCAACCCCUUCUGAUCUUUGUCUCCUGGGCCUGAGGGAGCACCUGGCCUCGUGGCCUUUGGGGGUGACAGCAGGCAUCACGCCCCGAAGAAGUUUUCAAGUGAGAAGAGAAACUGAGGUACAAGGGCAACCCCUGGACAAAGCCCCCCUAAGAAGGGGAGGGGCUUGCGUAGCUGAUCAAGGAGACUUUGAAGAUGCCAAAGGGCCCAAAGACAUCAGUUUCUCUACUCUGUGGCCAUCCUAUCAGUGCAGGACCUGAGAAGCUGAGUGUAACUUUGAUGAUACUAUGGGGCUGAGCUGGAGGAGAGUAGCAAAAACACGAAGAAGUUGGAUGCCAUGACCCUCAUUAAAGAAGACAUGUCUAUCUUCGGGCAUUGCCCUGCCCACGAUGACUUCUAUUUGGUUGUGUGUAACCACUGCAGCCAGGUGGUGAAGCCUCAAGCUUUCCAGAAGCAUUGUGAAAGAAGACAUGGGCCCCUCAGCAAGCUUUAUGCCCGGGCCCCACCCCCACCUCCAGCCCCUGCCAGCUCUCAGAAAUGCCAUGUAGUGAAUGGGCAGGGCCCAUCAUGUAGGGCCCCAGGUUCUACCAAAACCUCCUCCAGGGAGAAGGGCCAGGGGUCCCGGAGCCGUGGCCACCAGCCUCCUGAGAAGACGCAGAAGGACAGCCUCUGCCUUUUCGUGCCUGUGGUGAAUCUGGAGAAGAUGUCCAGUCUCCCGAAGCCUGAUGGACAUGGGAUCAGGGUGGCCCCACCCUCUGCUUUCCUCAGUCAGCCAGGCGGCCUCCCAAAGGACUCCCCUGGAAAAGCUCCCAUGGCUCCCCCUCCUAAAGAACCUUCUGGCAGAGAGAGCAUCGAGUUAAUCCCUGGUGAGGGCUCCAGUCACCGGGCCGAAGGCAGUCCCCCAGAGAAAGAGCCCAGUGGGGCCAGGAUGCCCUCGAAAACCCACCGGAAGAUGGCUCGAAAGGAGUGUGACCUCAACAGGCAGUGUGGGGUCAUCAAUCCAGAGACCAAAAAGAUCUGUACGCGUCUACUGACCUGCAAGAUCCACUCAGUGCACCAGCGCCGGGAGGUCCAGGGCCGGGCCAAGGACUUUGAUGUGCUAGUGGCAGAACUGAAGGCCAAUUCCCGCAAAGGAGAGUCUCCCAAGGAGAAGAGCCCAGGGCGCAAGGAGCCAGCUCUUGAGCGGCCCUCCCAGGAGCCUCUGUGCUCAGUCCAGGGUGUGGCAGCCGUGGCUGUCCCCAGCAGCACCUUCUCUGCUCGGUCCAAGCCAGCCUACCCAUACUGCGCACUUCCCAGGUCCCGGGCCUCCUCUGAGAGUGAGUUGGACGAUGAAAGCCCCUGUGGCGGUGAUGGGGACCCAGGCCUGUUCCCUUUCCCUCUGCCCCGGGGCGGGGCCCAGGCAUCCAGCGAGGAAAGUGAGGAGGAGGGGAUAUCUGAUGACCUCUCCCUCCCCCCUGACUGCCAUUAUGCAACCAGACCCCCACGGCCACAGGCGUUUUGCACCUUUGGGAGCCGGCUAGUGAGCCCAGGAUGCUAUGUGUUUAGCCGCCGGCUGGACCGGUUCUGCUCAGCACUUAGCUCCAUGUUGGAACGGCACCUCAGCUCACACAUGUGGAAGAAGAUUCCACCGGCAGCUGAACCUCCACCCCACCUUGUCAGUUCCCCCUUAUCUGCUCCCCUAAGCCCAUCUUCUAUGGGCAGCUGUCCCCGACUUCCAGGCCCAUCCCCCAGACCUGCUUGCUCAGCCUCCACACCCCCCACCAAGGACAGCCUUGUCCCUAGCUACCCUGCAGGCUCCCCCAGUGUAGCAGCCGCCUGCAGCCAGGCGGAGUGCAUGGGCGGAAGCCAGGCUAUCACCUCACCUCUGCCUGCCAACACACCAUCUCCGUCCUUCAGCAAACUGCCACCUUCCAAGGCUAGCAAGUCAUCCAAAGGCAAGGAUGGGGCAGAGGCGGAGGCCCCAUCUCGAAAGCGGAAGUUAUCCCCUGGCCCCACCACUUUCAAACGGACCUGCAUCCUGGAGCCUGCUGGGAAAGGCAAAACCUCUGGUUGUCGGGCUCUCUCAGCUAAGACUAAAACAGCCCUGGGCAUGGGGCUUAAUGGAACAGUGGGGCCAAGAGUUAAGCGGUCGGGGCCCCUGGACUGUCGGAGCCCCCCUCACCCAUCCCCCAUACCAGUCAAGGCUUCUCAGCUAGAGAACCGAGGAGCAGCUGGACACCCAUCCAAGGCCCUGCCGACUACCUGCCUCUCUGAGGAGGAGGUAGCCAAGAAGCGGAAAAACCUGGCCACCUACUGCCGGCCAGUGAAGGCCAAGCACUGUCAAGCUAGUGCCCCUGCUGAUGCGGCUUGCUCUGUGCGUCGCAAGAAGCCGGGACCAGCCCUGGCCUUUGAGGAGAAGUGCUCCACAUUGAAGUCAAAAGCCCAUUAACGAGAAAGUGCCUGUCCACUGCAACGGAGCCGCCAGCACCUCCUCCCCUCCAGAUCCGGGCCCAGGCUGCUGCCGCUUUUUAUAACUUUAUAUUAUUUUUUUUAAGAAAAAAAAAAACUCUUUAAAAUACCUCAA